AUGAAGAAGAAACAGAGACAAACAGGAAGUGUCGUCCUCGACGUCGUCAUACCUCCGCUUUUCCGGUGUCCUUCAUCCAUCCAUCCAUCCAUCCAUCCAUCUAUCCAUCCAUCUAUCCAUCAUCCAUCCAUCAUCCACCCAUCUAUCCACCCAUCCAUCCAUCAUCCAUUUAUUGUCCAUCAUUUAUCUAUCUUUCAUCCAUCUAUCUUUUAUCCAUCAAUUAUCCAUAAUUCUAUCCAUCAUCCAUCCAUCAUCCACCCAUCUAUCCAUCAUCCAUCCAUCAUCCACCCAUCCAUGCAUCACUUCACCCUUCCAUCUAUCAACCACCCAUCU